GGCAGCCCUGACCCUGCUGCACGAGCACGUCACGUCAAAACGUUCCCGCAAUGUGCCCAUCGCCUCGCUAGAACCGGUCAUGGUCCUUCUCGUUGAGCUGGCCGUUGAGCAGAAGAAGGGAAAACUCGCGAAGGACGCCCUCUACCAGUACAAAAACAUCGCCCAGAAUACCAACGUGGGGACAAUAGAGCUUGUCCUCAAGAAGUUCAUUGAGCUGGCGGCCGAGAAGGUGACCGCCGCUCAGCAAAAGGCCGACGAAGUCCAAUCAAGCAUUGAGGCCACCUCCAGCGUCGAUGACCUCGAGGCCAGCGAAACCCCGGAAUCCAUCCUCCUGGCCACCGUCUCGGGCGAGCAGUCUAAGGACCGGACCGAUCGUGCCAUCGUUACCCCCUGGUUGAAGUUCUUGUGGGAAGCUUACCGGACGGUCCUGGACAUCCUGCGGAACAAUGCCCGGCUAGAGCUGCUCUACCAGAGCACCGCGAUGCAGGCUUUCGACUUCUGCCUCAAGUAUACCCGCAAGACCGAGUUUCGCCGCCUCUGCGAGCUGCUCCGCAACCAUGUCCAGACCGCCGCCAAGUAUUCGGCUCAGAUGCAUGCUAUCAACCUGAAUGAUCCGGAUACGCUGCAGCGCCACCUGGAGACGCGCUUUCAGCAGCUGAACGUGGCCGUUGAGCUGGAGCUGUGGCAGGAGGCUUUCCGCAGUGUCGAGGACAUCCACACCCUGCUGAGCCUGAGCAAGCGCCCACCCAAGAACGUGAUGAUGGCGAACUACUACGAGAAGCUCACCCGCAUCUUCCUUGUUGGCGAGAACUAUCUCUUCCACGCGGCUGCCUGGGCGCGCUACUACAACCUGCUGCGUCAGUCCGCGGCCAUGAUGGCUGCCGGCCAGAGCAAGAAGUCUGACAACCCCCCCGCCAGCGAGGCCGACCUGCAGAAGGCAGCCACCUUCGUCGUUCUCUCGGCUCUCUCCAUCCCGGUUAUCAGCACCUCGCGCUCGCGCGGUGCCAUGGUCGACUUUGACGAGGCUCGCAAGAACAAGAACUCGCGCCUGACCCACCUCCUGGGUCUCUCGCAAGCUCCCACGCGUGCCACCCUGUUCCGUGAUGCCCUGUCCAAGGCUGUCCUCCGCCGCGCGAGCCCCCAGAUCCGGGAUCUGUACACCAUCCUCGAGGUCGACUUCCACCCUCUCUCCAUUUGCCAGAAGAUUUCCCCCAUUCUCGCCCUGGUCGGCGCCGACGAGGAGAUGCAAAAGUACAUUGUUCCCCUGCAGCAGGUCAUUCUCACUCGGCUCUUCCAACAGCUGUCUCAGGUGUACGAGACGGUCGAUCUCGACUUCGUCGAAAGCCUGGCCCAGUUCCCCGAGCCUUUCCAAGUUGACCGAGCCACCAUCGAGAAGUUUAUCAUGAACGGCAACAAGAAAGGCGACCUCGCCAUCCGCAUGGACCAUGCCACUGGCGUCCUGAGCUUCGAUGUUGAUGUCUUCUCUUCCGCCAAGGCUGUUCACGCUGGAUCGGCUGCCGGUUCCGCCGAGAGCGAGACAGGCUCUGUCCAGCGUCUCCAGAGCACACCAUCUCAGAUUGUCCGCUCUCAGCUCACCCGCCUUGCCGAGGUUCUGUACACAACCUGCCGGUAUAUCGAUCCCUCGUUCAACGCGGCCCAGAUCAAGGCUCGCGACGCUGCUCUCGCUCGCGCUAAGGCCGGUGCCGAAAAGGAGCACCUCGAGAUUCUCGCACGGAAGGAUGUGAUCCAGAAGCGCAAGGACAAGGCCUCGGAGCUCCAAGCCCAGAGAGAGAAGGAGAACGCUCGCAAGAAGAUGCUCCAGGAGCAGGCGCUGCAGCAGGCCGAGGCUCAGCGGUUGGCUGAGGAGCAGAGGAUCCGGGAGCAAAAGCGGCUGGCCAGCGAGCGCGAGCAGAUCAAGAAGAGGGAGGUCGAGAACAUGCUGAAAGAUAUGAAGCUCGAUGACGUCGAGCUCGAGGACUUGGACAACCUCGACAGCAACAAGAUCCGCAUGAUCAAGCUGCAGCAGCUCGAGCGGGAAAAGAACACCAUCGCCGAGAAGCUCCGCCUCACCGGCAAGCGCCUCGACCAUCUGGAGCGCGCUUACAGGAAGGAGGAGGCCAAGAAGCUCCCCGAGGACUAUGCCAAGCAGCGCGAGCGUGACCUUGCCGCUUAUGAGCUGAUGAAGGCUCAGACUCUCAAGGAGGCCGAGAUCAAGCACAAGGAAGAUCUGGAGCUAAAGCACCGCCUGAGCCGCUUGAUGCCUUACUACGAGGCGUUCCGGGCUGACCUCCACGAGCGCCGCCGCGACAUGUUUGAGAAGCGCCGCCGUGAUGCUGAGCGCGAGCUUGAGAAGGCGGUCAAUCAGCGGCGGAAGGAGUACCGUGAGCGCAAAUUGCGCGAGAAGCGGGAGCGCGAGGAGAAGGAGCGUGCCCUCCGGGAAGCCGAGGAGCGCGCCGAACGGGAGAGGGAGGAGGAAAGGAAGCGACAGGAGGCUCGGAAGGAGGAGCUGGCCAGGAUCAGAAAGGAGCGCGAGGAGGAGCGCGAGCGGGCAAGGGAAGCCCAGGCUCGCCAGCAACAGCGCGAGGAGGAGGCCAUGGCCCGGCGCAGAGCGGAGAAGGCUGCUGCUGCCGCCGCCGCGGCGAUGCCCAUCCGGGAGCGCGAGCCCAUCGCUUCCGCGGCUUCUGGUGCUGGCGGUCCGCCUCGCCUGACAAUUGGCGGCAAAACGCCCAGCUGGAGAGAGCGCGAGGCGGCCAAGGCUGCGGCCGCUGCCGCUGGCGCCUCUGCAGGGCCUGCUGCUCCCCCGGCCAUGGAGCGCACCGACUCCAGCGACAGGGCUGGAGGCCCCCCUCGUCUGGCGCUUGCUGGCAACAAGCCCAGCUGGCGUGAGAGAGAAGCUGCCAAAGCUGCUGCUGCUGCCGCCGCCGCCGCCGGCGGAAGCGCGCCUCCUGAGCGCGGCUCCCUCCCGCCCCGAGUCCCAUCCGGCCGUGGCGUGCCCUUGGACCGGGUAGGCUCGGGUCGUGGCGGCGAGAGGGACAACGGCCCUCCGCCGGAGCCGCUGAAGCCUAGCGGUGCCCCGGGCAAGUAUGUGCCCAAGUUCCGCCGGGAAGGUUAGGGAGAUGGAAGCGGGACGACAUAGACAUGGCGGACGGGUAUGGAACUAAGGAGGACAGGGACACGGUUCAUGCAUGCCAUUUUCCUUUUCGCUCGUUAAUAUGAGAGAGAGAGAGAGGACGGAACGUCAUACGCAACUACGAACCGGAGUUCUUUCUCGUCUUCUCGGCUUUUGGGAUUCUUCCCUCGCUAGCUUUGGAAUUGGGCGUGGGGGCGUCAGCAGCAUGUGUAUGUGUGUGCGUGUGUGUUUCUGUCACGUCUCCGUUUCCGUCUCCUUUUCGUUCUCCCCUGUUGCAUGUAUGUGGAGGGCAUAUUUGUUAUUUGGGGCGGUGACAUCUGAGGCUGGCCGGCAUGUAGGCAGGUAGGUUUGGGGGAAGGUUAGUAGAGUGUGAUGAGUG